GUUUGGCUGAAAUGCAACUAUCCAAUAACCCGAGUGCAGGAAGCAGCUCGUGUAAGCUUAGAGAAGCUGUUGCUAGAAUCUGUCAGUCUGGCUUCGCAGGGCCUGAUACCCAGGGCUUCCGCUGUCACUUAGACGUGGGGGGCGGGGCCGAACAUUCCAUCCAAUCAGAGGCACUGGGACGGGGCCCUGCCCACUGUGCAUCCAGGCACGGAGGAUGUUGCAUUCCUGCCGUCACCUUUGUCGCUGCGAGGGCGGCGGUUGGGAUCUGGCCUUUCCAGCCCCGAGAGGGACCUAGUGCCUCUACCCAGAUUUCUGUCGCUCUGUCACCUGCGCUAUGCCCUGCUGUACUCACAGGAGCUGUAGAGAGGACCCCGGGACAUCUGAAACCCGGGAAAUGGAUCCAGUGGCCUUUAAGGAUGUGGCUGUGAACUUCACCCAGGAGGAGUGGGCUUUGCUGGAUAUUUCCCAGAAGAAUCUCUACAGGGAAGUGAUGCUGGAAACUUUCUGGAACCUGACCUCUAUAGGAAAAAAGUGGAAAGACCAGAACAUUGAAUAUGAGUACCAAAACCCCAGGAGAAACUUCAGGAGUGUCAUAGAAGAGAAAGUCAAUGAAAUUAAACAAGACAGUCAUUGUGGAGAAACUUUUACCCCAGUUCCAGAUGACAGGCUGAACUUCCAGAAGAAGAAAGCUUCUCCUGAAGUAAAAUCAUGUGACAGCUUUGUGUGUGCAGAAGUUGGCCUAGGUAACUCAUCUUUUAAUAUGAACAUCAGAGGUGACAUUGGACACAAGGCAUAUGAAUGUCAGGAAUAUGGACCAAAGCCAUGUAAGACUCAACAACCUAAAAAAACAUUCAGAUAUCACCCCUCCUUUAGAACACAAGAAAGGGAUCACACUGGAAAGAAACCCUAUGCUUGUAAAGAAUGUGGAAAAAACAUUAUUUACCAUUCAAGCAUUCAAAGACACAUGGUAGUGCACAGUGGGGAUGGACCUUAUAAAUGUAAGUUUUGUGGGAAAGCGUUCCAUUGUCUCAGUUUAUAUCUUAUCCAUGAAAGAACUCACACUGGAGAGAAACCAUAUGAAUGUAAACAAUGUGGUAAAUCUUUUAGUUACUCUGCUACCCAUCGAAUACAUGAAAGAACUCACAUUGGAGAAAAGCCUUAUGAAUGUCAGAAAUGUGGGAAAGCAUUCCAUAGUCCCAGAUCCUGUCACAGACAUGAAAGGAGUCAUACGGGAGAGAAGGCUUAUCAAUGUAAGGAAUGUGGAAAAGCAUUCACGUGUCCCCGUUAUGUUCGUAGACAUGAAAGGACCCACUCUAGGAAGAAACUUUAUGAAUGUAAGCAGUGUGGGAAAGCAUUAUCCUCUCUUACAAGUUUUCAAACACACAUAAGAAUGCACUCUGGAGAAAGACCUUAUGAAUGUAAGACAUGUGGGAAAGGCUUUUAUUCUGCCAAGUCAUUUCAAAGACAUGAAAAAACUCACAGUGGAGAGAAACCCUAUAAAUGCAAGCAAUGUGGUAAAGCCUUCACUCGUUCCGGUUCCUUUCGAUAUCAUGAAAGGACUCACACUGGAGAGAAACCCUAUGAGUGUAAGCAAUGUGGGAAGGCCUUCAGAUCUGCCCGAAACCUUCAAUUGCAUGGUAGGACUCACACUGGAGAGAAACCGUAUCAAUGUAAGGAAUGUGGGAAAGCCUUCAGAUCUGCCUCACAACUUCGAAUGCAUCGUAGGAUUCACACUGGAGAGAAACCCUAUGAAUGUAAGGAAUGUGGGAAAGCCUUCAGAUAUGUCCAGAACUUUCGAUUUCAUGAAAGGACCAAACACAUAAGAAUGCACUCUGGAGAAAGACCUUAUAAAUAUAAGAUAUAUGGGAAACACUUUUAUUCUGCCAAGUUAUUUCAAACACAUGAAAAAAUUCACACUGGAGAGAAACCGUACAAAUGCAAGCAAUGUGGUAAAGCCUUAUUGUUCCAGUUCCUUUCGAUAUCUAAAAGGACUCACAGUGGAGAAAAACUCUAUGAGUGUAAGCAGUGUGGGAAAGUCUUCAGAUCUGUCAAGAACCUUUCAAUUUAUGAAAGGACACACAAUGGAGAGAAACCCUAUGAAUGUAAGAAAUGUGGAAAAGCGUUCCAUAAUUUCUCUUCUUUUCAAAUACAUGAAAGGUGCACAGAGGAGAGGCGCCCUAAGAAUGUAAGCAUUGUGGGAAAGCAUUCAUAUCUGCCAAGAUCAUUUGAAUACAUGCAAAACACACACUGGAGAGAAACCUAUGAAUGUAAGGAAUGCGGACAAGCAUUCAAUUAUUUUUCUUCCUUGCAUAUACAUGAAAGGACUCAUACGAGAGAGAAUCCGUAUGAAUGUAAGGAUUGUGGGAAAGCAUUCAGCUUGCUUAGUUGCUUUCAUAGACAUGUAAAGACGCACCAAAGGAAACCCUAUGAAUGUAAGCAAUGUGGCAAAGCUUUCACUUCUUCCAGUUCUUUUCAAUAUCAUGAAAGGACUCACACUGGGGAGAAACCGUAUCGAUGUAAGCAAUGUGGGAAAGCCGUCAGAUCAGCCUCAUGACUUCAAAUGCAUGGAAGCACUCACACUUGGCAGAAACUCUAUGAAUGUAAGCAGUAUGGGAAAGCCUUCAGAUCGGCCAGGAUUCUUUGAAUACAAAUAAUGAAUGUAAACAAUUAACUGUUUAUAAUAACUGUAUACUAACAAAUGUUAUUCUUUUUAAAUAAUUAAGAAGCUAUAAUAAAAUAUCCAUUGGUGUCAUGUAUUAGAUCAAGCUUAUAAUGUUACAUUGUUGUUAUUUGGACAUUGUGAAUCAGCAUUACCUGGAUUCAAUGCCAGGCAUAUUUUUCCUCAUGUAAAUUUUACUUUUCAUGCUUAUGUACUUUAAUUUUUAUUUCAACCGUAAUUUUUCUUUUUUUUCCUUUUCCUUUUUCUUUUUCUUUUUUUAGAAAGAGCCUCACUCUGUUGCCCAGGCUGGAGUGCAGUGGUGCGAUCUUGGCUCACUGCAAUCUCUGCUUCCCAGGUUUGAACAAUUCUCCUUCUUCAGCCUUUUGAGUAGCUGGGACUACAGGCAUGCACCACUUCACCUGGCUAAUUUUGUGUAUUAUUUAGUAGAGACGGGGUUUCACCAUAUUGGCCAGGCUGGUCUCGAACUCUGGACCUUGUGAUCCUCCUGCCUCAGCCUCUCAAAGUGCUGGAUUUACAGACAUGAGCCACUGCGCCCUGCCUCAACCCUAAUUUUUCUUUCACUCAUAAUACCAAAAGUUAUCUCAUGUACCUCUGAGUACCUUCUUCCCCAAAACCAGCAGUGCCAUACCUGCUGUCAGCAAGGGUGUAAUAUGCCAUAGUGAUAAAUAUGACCAGAAGACAUAAAUGACUAUGGGAUGUAUGAGAAUUACAAGUCACAUUGGUAAGAAGAUAAAAAUUUUGGUCAUGUUUAUGAUUUGAAAUAUGUUUACUUCUACCAGUUUUAGAAAUACAGUUACAAAAUGCCCUUGUUUUUGUCCUGGUCCAUCGUGAUCACUGAGGAGCAUCAUCUCAUAUGCCUGAUAUGUAACAUGUGUCUCUCCAACAGUAAAAGACUUGGCCUUGGCUGGGUGCGGUGGCUCACACCUGAAAACCCAGCACAUUGGGAGGCUGAGGCAGGCGGAUCACCUGAGGUCAGGAGUUCAAGAACACCCUGACCAAUAUGAUGAAACCCUGUCUCAACUAAAAAUACAAAACUUAGUCAGGCAUGGUGGCAUGCUUCUGUAAUCCUAGCUAGUCAGGAGGCUGAGAAAGGAGAAUCACUUGAAUCUGGGAGGCAGAGGUUGCAGUGAGCCGAGAUCCCACCAUUGCACUCCAGCCUAGUCAACAAGAGCAAAACUCUUUCUGAAAAAAUAAAAACAAAAACAACUUGGCCUUGUGGUGAGGGGAGGUCAGCUCUAGACUUCUGGACCUGCUUUUGCCUUACUUAUUCUGUAAAGACUAAAACAUUUUCUAAAAUGUAUGGGCACUGUUAACUAGAAGGUACCUUAGUUAAAAUAUAUAAAUUCAUUUACGCUUUAUAAAGCUAUAUUUUUUUCAAGUUGCUUUACUGAGUCAUAGGAGGCUAAUAAAUUUGUGUAAAUUGUCUAAAUAAAAGCCUUUCUUCCUC